AUAUCCAAUGUGUAUUGCUAUAUGUUGUUAUUCUCACAACACCAUUUCAUAUUGUAUUUCACACUCGUCUCCUGCUCCAUACCAGUAGACACAGACAGAGAUAGUGACCAUUAGACAAAGAGGAGAAAGAGGAGAGACCCCGGUGUUGUGGUUGAUUCAUCGAGGCAGUAGAGGCAGGAUGUGGGUCCUCAUCUGGGCAGCUCUACUUCUCUCUCUGACAGAGAGAACCACAUGCCAAAAGAAGGCCCCUGCAGCAGCAUACAACAUCACCUUCAGUCCAGCAGAGAUAACACCACAGACUGGACUAUGUGCUGUUAUUCCAUGUUUGUUCACUCACCCUGAUGACUUCCUUGCUAGCAUAGCAAUGUGGCUUAAAUGCCCUGAUGCACGAUGUUCUAUUAAAGUCGAAACUGACUCUAUUUUCCACUCAAGAAAUUCCUCUAUAGCUCAGGAGGGUUAUAGAAGGCGAGUAGCACUACUGGAGACAGACCUGACAAAGAAGAACUGCAGUAUGAUCAUCAACGACAUCACUAAGACUGAUGACGGAGACUAUCAAUUAAGACUGUCCGGAAAAUUGAACACUGGCAAUAUAAGUCAAUUUACAUACCAGACGAAACUGAAAAUGGCAGUGAAAGCUCUGACCCAGAAGCCCUCAGUGUUGACUCCUCCUCUGACAGAGGGAGAACCAGCGACCCUGACCUGCACCGCCCCGGGAAUCUGCUCUGGAACUCCUCCUAACAUCACAUGGACAUGGAGAGGGACAGGAGACAACAUCACUGAGCUCAGAGACAACACCACUACACAAAGGAGAGAGGAUCUGACCAGAGUCACAAGAACCCACUUCUCAACUUUGACCUUUACACCUUCAGCAGAGCACCACACCACCAAGGUCACGUGCCAAGUGACAUUCAAAGGGAACAUCACCACUGAGGAGACAGUGACUUUGAAUGUGACUCAUGUGAAGGAACCCAAGAUCUCUGGUAGUAACACAGUGAGAGAGGGUGAUACCCUGAAUCUGUCUUGCUUUGUUGACAGCUACCCACCACCACCAUCUAUCACCUGGAGUAAGAAUGGGACAACAGCUUUGGAAGAGAAUAACUCUGGACUGGCCUCUCUCACCAUCUCCAACAUGACAAGAGAACAUACUGGGGAGUAUGUGUGUAAAGCUCAUCAACUCAACAGGACGACUCUGACAGCUUCCAUUGUUGUCACUGUGAUGUGUGAGUACAAACAACACAAAAUAGCUUGA